CCCUCUCUCUCUCUCUCUCUCUCUCUCUCUCACACCUCCCCACCCCAAUCUCAUUUUUUCAUUUUUCCUCUUCUUUCACUCUCUCGCCUUUUUUUCAUAUCCUCUUCCAUUUAUCGAUCGAUCGCCGCACAUUUCCCGCCCAGGAAAAUCCACCGGAAAAAAAAAACGACCUCCGCCUCUCCAUCUGGCCGGUCAAACUGAGACAGCGCCUCCCCGAGCGGUGCUCCAGGAAGCGAUCACAGCUGCUCAUCUACUCUACCGUUGAAAGAAAGAUCCACUUUGUGUGGGAGGCCCGCCCGCCAUCAUGUUCCGAAGGAAGCAACAGAAUGGUCAGGAGAUUGACCUUGCACAGAGAGAUGCUAAGGUAAAUGAGCUAAGGGCUGCUUUAGGGCCUUUGUCAGGUAGGAAAGCAAAGUACUGUACUGAUGGAUGCCUGCGGAGAUACCUGGAAGCUAGGAACUGGAAUGUUGACAAGGCUACUAAAAUGCUUGAAGAGACUCUCAAGUGGAGAGCCACAUAUAAGCCUGAACAAACCCGCUGGGUAUUUGAUUGCAAUAAUGCAUCGCCUUCUUUUGUUUCUUGUUGUUGGAUUACAAGCUAUGGAAUUUGGGUGGUUGCUCACUGGAACUACUCUGUUGCUGCACAGCAUGAAAUAGCACAUGAAGGGGAGACAGGCAAGGUGUUUCGAGCCAAUUUUCGUGACCGUGCUGGGAGGACAGUACUGAUUAUGAGGCCAGGGAUGCAGAACACCAACUGUGCAGAGGACAAUAUCCGGCAUUUGGUGUAUCUCAUCGAGAACAGCAUUCUCAACCUUCCUGAAGGCCAAGAUCAAAUGUCAUGGUUGAUAGACUUAUCGGGAUUCUCCUUGAACACCAACGUCUCCAUGAGAACUGCUCGUGAAAUCAUCAACAUUUUGCAGAAUCACUACCCGGAGAGGCUCGCCCUUGCAUUUCUGUACAGCCCGCCAAGAAUUUUCGAAGCAUUCUGGAAGGCUGUGAAAUACUUCUUGGAUCCAAAAACUUCACAGAAGGUGAAGUUUGUGUACCCGAACAAGAAAGAGAGCGUGGAGCUCAUGAGCUCCCUCUUCGACGCCGACAACCUUCCUAAAGAGUUUGGCGGGAAGGCCACACUGCAGUACGAUCACGCCGAGUUCUCCCAUAUGAUGGUUCAAGAUGAUGUAAGAACUGCAAAAUUCUGGGGAUCGGAUGAGAAGCCGAUCCCAAUUUCCAGCAGUCUUGCUGUGAACCAGGUCGCUCCGGAGCCAUUGCCUCUGGCCCCAGCAGCCAGCUAGAAGCCAUAACUCUACCUAUCACCAAAUACCAAGUCUUACCUACCCAUGAGAAAUCCAAAAUGGCGGAUUUUAAAGCAACUGAAAGGGAGCUGUCCUGAUCUAAUUUAUUAUUAGUGAAGUGAUGAGUUGAUGAAUAACCGGUCCAAAUUGAUGUUCUUGUUUAACAGUUAUUAUUAUGUGCGGAUAGAAGACAGUUUAUCUCUAAAUAUUCCUCAACUCUAUGCUCUUUCCCUUCUUGAUGUGUUUCUCUCUUACUCGCCUCUUUCGAUUGUAAGAAUGGUAAAUUUGAAAUCUCAAUCAGAAAUUUCCCUUUGACAUAA